CCCCACAAUCGACAUACUAUGCCAGGACAUAUGGAAGUCAGCCCAGACUCGCUUCCAUCCGUUUUCGGCCUCUCGCGGUUAACUGCAGAGCAUCCAUCUGCAACUAUCUUUAUUGAAUUAAUAGCCAUCUAUCUCACCAUCCGGGGAAACCUGGUCCCACCUGCCGUCCACCUUCUCCAUGCCGACUACGCACUAGCAUCAUCAGCAGUGACUACCAUGAUCAGUCAUCCACAUCUUGAACCUCCGCCUUUUCCCUUGUCCCGUCUGCUUGUACCAGGUUCUUCCCUUCUUCUCCUCUUGAACAAAACAUGGAGAACCAGAUAAUGACGCAAUCAAGCAUCAUUACGUUCCGUCAGAAUGUUAUGCGCGCACGCGGUUGAGGGGUGGCGGUUCGGCUGCAGCCAAAACCAAAACCGGCGACCACAGCAUCCUGCAACUACAUAAUGGCAACCGACUAACUUCAUGCUGUGCCUCCACCUGUCUGGGUGGGGCCAUGUCCGUUUGGGCAAUGCACCACUUCUCGAUUCUACGCGCAGUGUUGACCACGAAGGAACUUGCCCGCCGUCCUGAGAAAGACUUCUUGUUUUGUUUCCCACUUUUCUCCCAGUCUGUUACUGUCGACUUUUCGAGUAUGCUAGGUCGUCCUCGUUGUGGUUUUACUCGUAUGUGUUUUGUGUAUAUGCCCUGCUGCUCGUUACCCCAACCACUCUACAGUGUAUGUGGGGUGGAAAAUAGGGAAUGCAUUGCGUCCACAUCUCGACAGACAGAUAACCUCACCACACACACACACACACACACACACACACAUUACCCAGGCACCCCCCCCAACAACAUCAUCUCACAGCAAUGACAUUGUCAGAACGCGGGUUUCUCAAGAACUCUAUAUUCUCUUCUUGAACCAUGUUGCAUCAAUCCCGUCCGUCCGGUACCAAUGGCCUUUUCCAAGGUACAGUUGCAGUCACUCACCACCCACCACAUGGCUUCCACACCCACCCAGCCACCCACUACCACAUGCCAUGCCAUGUCCCGUCUACCAGAGUAUCAUCUGCGAGUCAAUUCCUCUUUUUCUCUUCCUUGCUUUCCCCCUAAAAACUUUGCUUUCUUUCGGUCACUUGGAAUUCCCAUUUUUGAGUAAUCACCGGCAAGGGUGGCCACGUGCGGUUUUCCAUGCCAUGUCGAACUUUAUUACUGGCAUCUUUGUGAUUCUCGGGAGGGGAGGGGAAGGGAGGGCAUUCAAUCACACUUUGCUCUCUUCUUUGCUCUACUUUACUUUUUGGUUCUAUUCUCCUCCCUCCCCCGCUCUUGCUCCGACUGUCCGGUUUUCU